AUGGAUGAAAGUGUAAUAGUGUUAAGCGAGAAUGAGGAGGAUGAAAUCAGAUUCGAAGAACAACCAAAUUGUUCGAAUAAAUUAAAAAAUGAUAUGGACAAAGAAAUUCCCGAGUAUAGGAUUCGAGAUGAGAAAGAAGCUGAAGAAGAGCCGGUACCAUUUAGUUCGAAAAUUCUUGAUGAUAAUAUUCACAGUGAAAUAGUAAAUAAUGCAGCGUUUCUGGAUUUGGCUUCUUCAGACGAUGAAUCUAUUAAUUCUAACGAAAUGGCCAGAUAUGGAUUAGAUGAAAUACCUGAAUGUGGAGAUUUUGCAAACUGGUACAUCCAUGAAUCGUUUUCACAACCUGUGCAAUCGUCUCCAGUACUUGAAGAAACUCAAAUAACUACUAACGAACUCGUAAUACCUUCAACUUCGCAUUAUAAGAGAGCUCCGUCGAUAUGCAUAGCACGCUCAGUUUCAGAUGGUGCAUGUAUGGACAAAAAAAGAAGAAAGAGAACAAAAGAUGAAAUAAAGGCUGAACAGGCUGCGAAAGAGGAAGCCAAGGAAAGAAAGAAACAAGAAAGAAUAGCAAAAAAGAGGCAAAUUGAGCUCGAGAAACAGUUGGCUAGAUUUGAACGAGAAGUAUCUGCAGCGAAAAAAUCGAAAUGUGAACAAAACUUGUUCUGUAUUAUCAGUUUAGAUUUAAUUGCUGCAAUAAAUAAUUUAGACGAAUUAAUUACGAAAAUAUUCACAGACCGUGGCAUCCGUGAUCAGCUCCUUUUCGAUGGCUUUGGCAUGACAACUUGUUGGAAAAGAAGAAUUUUGCACGGAGAAGUGGAAAAUAACGAAUUUAUUCGUGGUGAGAAAUUGAUGUACGAGCAGUUCUGCAUUUUAUCAAUGAAUGCGCAACGCUAUGGUCAAUUCAAAUCAACAGAAGAAAUUGCAGAAUUCAUUGAAGAGUACUUAAAAAAGUAUCCAUUUUCAUCACCAAAACUUACUCUUGUUGUUUAUGGCUUGUUGAAAAUGCGAAAAGAAAAAGUAGCAGAUUUUGUUUUGGAAAUUUUUGAACGUUUUCGGGUUCAAACUCGUUUUAUCGCAACGGCAGAAGAUUAUGCCAUGUUUAUUUCUCAAAUGCAUCGAUCCAUUGCACGAAACGAAAGCCGUUUGGAAGAACAAAUUUUGCCGAUUGUAAAUAUUGAGAAAGGCAUUACGGAAGGUGAUAAUUCAGCCAUCAUAUUUGAUUGGUGGAUGAAAAUGCUAAGCCAGGUGCAUCGUAUGGGAACCGAUGCACAGCGGGCAAUUGUAAACACAUUUCCGAAUCCACAUGCUCUUUCGAAAUUAUUAAGAACAAUACCAAUGAAAGAAGGAAUGAAAUUGUUGGCUGAUACGAAGAUGGACUAUGGUAAAAAAAUUGGACCAGUGUUAGCGCGUAAAAUCUAUCUCAUGCUUACAAGUGUCAAUGGCAGUGAAAUCAUUGAUGAAAACUGA